UGCAGUCAAGAUCAGUGAAUGAAUGAUCAGUUGCCACAUUUCACCGUCUUGGCACUAGCAAUACACCAAAUGCCCGUCGCUCAUCCGCCAACAUUAUUCAAUGUUUGGAUUCACACUCAACAGUUACGUGACUGCAGCCUUGGGACACUCCUUCUUGGACACCGCUUGGAUGCACAAGCAACUUUCCACUCCCCACCAAGCCACACUCUCUCCUGAUUUACAAGCGGCAGGCAGUGCAAGGGCACUUACCCGCAACUCUCACCCUUGUGAUUUUUGUUUUCGUUUCAGAUAUCCUAGAACUGCAAUCUGUCCAGACAGUGCAGAAACAGCAGGACCAUGAUGAUGGAAAUGCAGUGCCAAGCGAUCUCAUACAUACAGUCAGACACUGACACCGGAGAUAACAGCUGUGGAGGUGACCUGAUGGAAGACGAUGAAAAGGACAGGGCAAAGAGGGUUUCACGUAACAAAUCUGAGAAGAAGCGAAGAGACCAGUUCAAUGUACUCAUCAAGGAACUUAGUACAAUGCUCCAGGGCUCCAUACAUAAGAUGGACAAGUCCACUGUGCUGCAGAGGACAAUUGACUUCUUGCAGAAACAAAAAGGUUUGCAACUCUCUGCUCAAAUUGAUGCUUGUGAAAUCAGACAGGACUGGAAGCCUUCCUUCCUUAGCAAUGAAGAAUUCACGCAGUUGAUGCUAGAGGCAUUAGAUGGGUUUGUCAUAGCACUUAGUAUCGAUGGAAACAUUAUUUAUGCCUCCAACAGUGUUUCUUCCUUGCUUGGCCAUUUACCGUCAGACCUAGUGGACCAGAAUAUACUGAACUUCCUGCCAGAACAGCAGCAUGCGGAAGUAUUUAAGCUGCUCACGAACCAAAUGCUGAUGACAGACCCGGUUACACAUGAUUACUCAAACAAUCAAAAUCAUGUUGAAUUCUGUUGUCAUUUGUCAAGAGGCUCCUUAGAUUCAAAAGAUCCACCCAUCUAUGAAUAUGUCAAAUUUGUGGGGAAUUUUAAAUUUCACAACCUUGUGCCUCCAUCCUCCUGCAACGGGUUUGAAUCGGCUAUUUCACGGUCGUUUAGAUCUGCAGGGAAGGAACAAAUCUGCCUUGUGGCUACUGUACGUCUCGUUGUCCCGCAGUUUCUGAAGGAACUGUGCAAUGUUGAGGAGCCAUGCGAAGAAUUUACCUCACGGCAUAGCUUAGAAUGGAAGUUUCUGUUUCUAGACCACAGGGCUCCUCCCAUCAUCGGUUACCUUCCAUUCGAAGUAUUGGGAACAUCAGGCUAUGAUUACUACCACGUUGAUGACUUGGGACUUCUGGCAAGAUGCCAUGAACACUUAAUGCAGUUCGGGAAGGGCAAGUCUUGCUACUAUCGAUUCCUCACGAAGGGGCAGCAGUGGAUUUGGCUACAGACCCAGUACUACAUCACCUUCCACCAGUGGAACUCCAAGCCUGAGUUCAUCGUCUGCACGCACACUGUUGUCAGCUACGCUGAAGUUCGUGCAGAGAGGCGACAAGAGCUGGGCCUCAAAGAAUCCACCACUGAAACCCUGACACCACCUUGCCUGAAGACUCAGAACUGUCACAUGGAUACCAGGCAUCGUGAAAGCAUCCAGGAAUUCUCCACCGAGAAGCUCAGCCGCAGCCACCCUUGUUGGGUGUCAUCCCCAGGCUCGUUCAAGUCCUCUCCUGACGCUCUCUCUGACACUCAUUCAACGAUAUCCAAGACGCACACUGAGGCAAGUACACCAUCCAGAUCAUCAGUGAACACAAGUCUGCAGGACAAGUCUGUACAGAGACCGCACACAAUCAACACUCCGGCCUUGAUGACAGGGCAACCAUCGCCUGAAGCAGCUCAGCAGCUGUCUGUGCCUCCAACCAAAGGCUCCAUUCAACAGCCUCCUAUGGCCGCGUACCAGUGCCCUGUCCAGCAGGGGGUGAUGCACCAUCUGAAGGAGCAACUGGAGGAAAGGACUAGGAUCCUGCAGGCCAACAUUAAGACCCAGCAGGAGGAACUCCAUCAGAUUAAGGAGCAGCUCCAACUUGUGCAUGCCUCCAAUCCCCAGGAAUCGGAACCAUCAAGUUUUAAUGUAUCGGAUCAUCAAGUUCAAGGGCAGCAGCCAGAUGUGGCCAUGCAGAAUUCAUACCUGUCCAGCAAACAAAUGCAAGCACUCGUUGAAUCUGAUCUGCACGCUCAGCAGAUGUCCUCAUCCCCUCAGCAACUCCUCAGGGAAUCAAGAGCAAAAUCAGUGCCGAUGAAGCAGCAGUUCGUGAAAGACGGGCAACUUCAGCGAGCCAGCGUACAAAUUCAAUCACCAACCAACCUGGUCGCACCGAUCUUCAGCAAUCCCAUGAUGUUUACCCAGGCUCCGAAAGGGACCUUCCCAGUUUCACUGCCUUCAGACACCAGCCAAAGCCACUCGUGUGCUGAUUAUGGACAUGACCGACAACUAAGAUUUUCUUUAAAUCAGCCCGUCCAUUCCAUAAUGCCAAAAAGAGGUGGAAAUGAACAGCCCUCCCAGAACAGCACAACAAAGCACCAAGCCAAAUAUCUUCAAGAACAGCAGAUGAUUACAGCGCUAGCCAUGCAGCCGAUCAGCUGCAGUACCGUCAUCUUGCCAUCUCCUGGAUCCAUGGCUCUCCAGUACCAAGGGUUCACUCAGCACCAGUCGACCUCCAUCUCACAGCAGCUUGCCCACCAUCCCAUGCCCCUCCAACAGCAACAUCACUACCUACAGCAGGUGCUGCCAAGUGGAAUAAUGCAAGGCAUCCAAUCACAGCCACUUUCCCUGCCUUCAGCCCAACAUAUGGACUACCUCUCACAACACCACUCCCGUGGCAUACAGAACAGCGCGGGUACACUCUCAGACAUGUCCAACAUCCAGCUGCCGCGGUAACCACCAAUGUGCCAGCGGUGGAUUAUGACCAAGCGCUAGUUGGGCAGAGCGUGGCGAGUGGCGCCGGGGGGAGGUGUUCGGUCAUUUAACAAGUGACUCAUCUUCACCCUGUUCCAUUGGGGCAGCUGAUCCAUUUCUUGGAGACCGUCAUGGAAGGACUGCAAGCUCGUGGAAAACAGAAGCCAAGAUGGGUGACCAGGCUGGGGCACCCUCUUGAGGGAUACCUUGGGAUUAUGCAGUGGAUUUAAUGCUCAGUUGUCAUUUUCACAGCAGAAGCCUGGAGUACACAUCCCACCAGAACCCAACAGUUAGAAAACCUAACACGUUCUGCAACACUGCCACCUACAUGGACCCAAUUUGUAAGUGCAGGUUGUGAUGGAAUUUAUUAGCGAUCAGAGUGUGCUCUCUUUAAACACAAGUCAUGAAAAUGACAAUUGGGAUUAAACUGGCACAACGUAAAACGAUCAGUAAAAGAACAUUACUGGUAAAACAACGACAAAAGUGACCUUGUUAAAAGCUGUGUUAACUGUGCAGUUAAUUUUGUCAGAUGCCAUGUUACAUCGUGUGCUUUUAGUCAACAUUUAUAGUUGCCCUUGGCAGGAAGUCAGAUGUGAUUCUGUGAAAUAGUCUGCUUUUCACUCAUUUCACGUACAGCUAGAAUUGCAAGGCAAAUGUACUGUAAAUAUUACAUUAUCUAUAUUCUAAAUAACGUUCCUAUUUUAUAUUUUAAAAGUAUUUAAAUCUGACCGCCAUUAACUGAAAAUAUAUUUCUUCUCCUGUUUCUGAACCAAAUAUUUCACUGUGGAAUCCACUAAAAAACUAAAUGCAUUAAACCUCUCUGCUGGCAAUCUGUACACUGUGUGUAAUACUAGUUGAUGCAUUAUUAAUUUUUAAAUUCAGGUCUAGUGAUGAUUGAACAAGAGUCAAAUACUCCCUGGUUUCACAGCUGUUUUAUCUUCUCAGGAACUGACAAUCCAAAUGAUAUAUUAAAAUGCCUCAAUUGCUUUCAAACUUGGAAGAAAUAUAUAUAUAUAUAUUAUAUAUAGAAAUGUACACACAAAAACAUUAUGAGCAUUCAGAUCUUAAUAGGGAAAUUGAGGUUUAACUCAGUAGCCUGAGAGUUGAAUUUAACUGCGAGGACAAAUCCGAAUGCAUGUGAAUGUAUGUCAAGUAUUAUUUAGAUUGCUGCAGUACAAUUGGCAUUUCUUCUCAAAUUUGUGACCAUGCAUUGGGAAUGUCAUCUGAUUAUUUUCAGUAAGGGCAUUAAUUGUACAGUGCUGACUUUCUCUUGCCUUCUGAGUUCGGGCCUCUUUCCAUGCUGUAUUUCUAAAUUAAAUGAACUGCAGAUUCAUCGGGAAUCUUAAGCACAAUGCACAAUGUGCUGGAGUAACUCAGAGGGUCAGGCAGUAUCUAUGGUGGGAAUAGAUAGAUGCCGUUUUGAGUCGGGGCCCUUCUUCAGACUGAUGGGGGCAAGAGGGGGAAAGAUGUCCCCCCCACUUCUCCACCCCUGUGCCUUACAGAGCCAGAGACCAAGGUUCAAUCCUGAUCUUGGGUGGUAUCCGUGCGGAGUUUGCACGUUCCUCCGGGGGCUCCUGUUUCCUCCCACGUUCUAAAGAUGUGCGGGCUUGUAGGUUAAUUGGCCCUCUGUAAAUUGCCCCGAGUAUGUAGGCGAGCCGAAGGGCUCGUUUUCAUGCAGAAUCUCUAAAUUAAACUAAAGUACCACAUUGCUCCCAAACAUGUUCGUACUCACGCAUCCUUUAUGUGGGCAGCUGGCUGAGAGAAUUGGGUUGACCUUGGUUCUGAAGUGGAAUGGAUGUGGGCUAAACAGUUUCCCCGUUUGUCGAAAGGAUCAGCUCCACUCCACAGUGGCAAGCUAUUCGCAGUGAAAUGGCACUUUGCAAUGACAAAACUCAGAAAUAGCCUUGCUUACCACCAGUUUCCACUGAGUCUAUUCUGGAGCUGUUUUGUUUAUUAAGACCAGGGCUUACAUCCCAUCCUGUGGGAAAUGUAACAUUGAGAUGAAUUCUAUGGAGUUUUGUAUUUCAUUAGGAUCCUCCACAAUCAUUCCCUAGUGGCAGAUUCAAAGGCUUUUGUGAAGAUCAUGUAUAGUGGUUGAUGUUCUUCCCUGUCAUGGUGGUUCAAAGAACACAAACAAGUUAGAGCAAGAAACCAGACCCUUGAGAGUCUCAAACAUUCAAUAUGAUGGCAGAUCCUUAAUCUCAAAGCACCAUUUCUACCCACAACUUUAGACUUUAGAUACAGUGCAUAAACAGGCCGUUCAGCCCAACGAGUCCGCGCCGACCAGCGAUCACCCCGUACACUAGCACUAUCCUGCACACUAGGGACAAUUUUACCAAAGCACAAACCUGUACGUCUUUGGAGUGUGGGAGGAAACUGGAGCACCCACAGAAAACCUGUGUGGUCACAGGGAGAAUGUAAAAACUCCUGUAGUCAGGAUUGAACCCGGGUCUCUGGCGCUGUAUGGCAUGAAUUAAUUUAUUUUAAACUAUUGCAAAUUACCCUAAAAAUCUCAUUAAAGUAGGGCCAUCAGAACUCUUUAAUCAAAUAUAAAUGUUCACAUUUAUUAACAUUGACUUAUCAUGCGGCAAUCAAUCUGUAUUGUGUUUUAAAAUGUAUACCCAGCAGAGUAUAGGGAUGAAGUUUUGGAAAGACACUGAAUUCCAACAUAAACCAGUUUAUCACGGUUUAUUUCACAUAAGCUCUAGUGUCAAAAUAGUCAGUAUUACAAUUCUGUCAUUGUAUUUUGUAUAACCUUUUCAAAGAGUUGCAUUUUGGUCUUAGAUGAUCUGUUCGGUGUGUUAACCUUUGGACGAAGAACAUGCACUUUUGGAGUCAUUGUUUGUUUGGAUAUAUAUUCCUGACAAAGAGUGAAGAGUGUUAAUUGUUGUACAUAUUGUAUUGAAUUCUGUACAAAAAAUCCUUAUAAUAGCAAAUUAGCAAAUUUUAUAUGAUGUGACUGGUCAUUUUGAAUUUAUGAAUGUUCUUAUUCAAUGAAAAUUUGUUACAGCAAAGUGUCUUACAGAAAGGGGUUGCACAAUUUAUGUCUUUGUGAAUAAAGGAUCUUUGCACAAAUGCCAUUGGAUUUUUAUUCCUAAUUUCAACAGUAGAGUUCUACACAGAAACAUAAAAAAUUACUUCCAAAGAGACUUCACGAACAGACACAAUUUCUCCUCUCUUACCAUUUCAGCAUUGCACAGGGUCCUUUCCUGAUUCAAGAUGAAAAGUGCUGGAGGAACUCAGCAGGUUAGCCUGCAUCUGUGGAGGGAAUGGACAGAUGUUUCAGGUUGGGACCCCUGUCCGGAAGUGGCGGCGUUACCCUGGCAGCAGCGGCUCGCCUGCAGUCCGUUUGUUUUUACUUUUUUGUGUUGUUUUUUUUCGUUUUGUCUAGUUAAGUUUUUGGUUUUUAGGUUGUGUUUUUGUGGGGAGGGGGGGUUGAAAUGGGACUUGCUGUCUCUCCCUUCGGGGGAAUGCGCCUUUUUUGUCAUAUCCCCCUUCUCUGCCUCCGUCUGCGCUGAGGCCUAAUGGCGGAGCUGGCGACCUCGAGACUCCGGAGGCAGAGCCAGUCAGGACUUGCCCUGCGCUCGCUCCCGUGAGGGCGGUCCGGCUCGGGGCUGGAACGGUGCUCCCGUGAGGGGCUGUGACGCUCCCGUGAGGGCGGCCUGGCGCGGGGCUGAGACUCUCCCAUGAGGGGCUGUGACGCUCCCAUCGGAGCGGCCCAGCUCGAGGGAGGAACGGCACUCCCAUCGGGGCGGCCCAGCUCAAGGGAGGUAUGGCGCUCCCGUCGGGGCAGCCCAGCUCAAGGGAGGAACAGCACUGACUUGAGGGCGAUCCGGCUCGGGGCUGGAACGGUGCUCCAGUGGCUGGGACGGCGUUCUGGCGGCGGUGACCUGAGUCCGGGGUUCCACUGGACUGGAGGGCGGCAGCUUCGACCACCCCGGGCCGGCCCGUUUGCGGGGUUCGGUGAGCCGCGGGACUGUUUGUACCAUCGCCCAGUGGGGUAUCGCCUCAGCGCAGAGGGAGAAGAGGAGGGAAGAGACUGCAGCCCUAAGAUUUUUGCCUCCACUACAGUGAGGAGGUGCUUGGAGGAC